GAGGUUUAAACCGCCGCCGACUAACCAACCGUCCAUUGGCUGGAGAGUGGAGUUCCGUCCGAUGGAGAUCCAGAUGACUGACUUCGAGAACGCGGCUUAUGCUGUGUUUGUCGUACUUUUGUCACGAAUUAUACUUCAAUACAAUCUUAAUCUCGUUAUUCCCAUCUCUAAAGUCGAUGAGAAUAUGAGUGAAGGACAGAAGAGGGAUGCCAUCAAUAGAUCUAAAUUCUGGUUCAGAAAAGACAUCUUCAGUUCAAAUGAAUCUCAAGAACUUAAUAAUAACUCAAAUGGUUAUAACGAUAAUCACGAGACACAAGACUCUGAAGAGGAAUCAUAUAUACAGAUGACUAUCAAUGAGAUAAUCAAUGGUUACGGACAGGAAUUUCCGGGAUUAGUGCCAUUAAUGAGAGAGUAUGUGAAGAGUAUAUCACUGGACGCCUACACCUCCUGUAAAGUCCAACAGUAUAUCCAAUUGAUUGCCGACAGAGCGUCGGCUAAACUCCAGACAAACGCCCAAUGGAUCCGA